AUGCCCUUUCGGCAGCUGUUCCACCAGCAGGACGGCUCUCCUGACUUUGACGGACAACCUGCAUUUCAAACUCUGCAUCCCCAGCUGGCCAUGGUCGUCCCCGACUCGAUUGAUUUCACGGGGUGGCAUGAGAUGGACUUCACCACUGCUCCGCUCACUACCACGACUUCGUCACGGGGGACACUGCACUCACACCAACCCCUCGACCAAAAAUACUCAACCGCCAUGGACAGAGAUCAGGAUCCGUUGGCGUAUCUUCACUCUUCCAAUCACCGCCAGGGGUCGACGGGUAGCCUGAUGACCUCUUCUUCCCAUCAACAGUCUCCCGAGGCACGACGAUCCUCAGGAGACAUGUACUCUAACAACCAAUAUUCCUACUCUCAGCUUCUCAACAUGGAGGCAAAUCUUCCACCCAUGAAUCAGUCGAGGCUCAGCUCACGCGCUGAUGACGAUGCAACUAUGCUAAACAACGACAACAGUCUCACGACAACAUUAUCACCUUCAGACUCUGUCAACACCACCCGCUCCAUGAGUAACCUGGAUCCUAUCGCUGCUUCGAUAGCAUCCAAGACGGAUUCAACCGAAAAGCUCUGUCCUCUCAUCGCAGGCCAAGUAGACAGCUGCCAGCCACAACGCUGCGGCCCUGACGCCCCUUGCAUGAACUUUACCACUCUGCCACCGAUUGAGGAGUGCACCUCCGUGCCCUGCAUCACGGGGUCGACGACCUCGCCCAGUGAGACCAUGAUCAGCAACGACAGCAUGUCUGUCGAGCUACAUCAGCCGCCCAGGUUGAGCUCGAGGACCAACACCAGCACUUCUCGUUCUUCAGCCACCCGACGCUCAUCAAGUUCCACCACUGCAACCACCGAGCUGCCUGACACUGUCCCUCUACCUCCUCGAAGAACUUCGGCUACCAACGCUCGCCGUCAAAACCGAACCAGUCCGACCAUGACCACAGCUGCGUCAUUGGCCUCGGAUGACGAGGACGAAGAACAGCCGACUGCGAAGUCCACUGCUCCAUCCAAGGCGGAUGCCAAACAACGAGCCAAACAAGCUCACUCACUCGUGGAACGCAAGUACCGCGAAAACCUCAAUGCCAAAAUCUCCCAGUUGCACAACACCCUCCAAGCAUCUCAUUACGGGCCCAAAGUGGGCGAAGAUGGUGAGAUCGAAGCCGCGAACUCGGCCAGCGGUCUCCCUCCACCGAAGGUGCGCAAGAGCGAUGUGCUGACCGAGGCCAUGAACUAUGUCAAUCAGACUGAAGUCGAAAUGCGACACAUGGAAAACGAAAUCCACAGAUUGACUGAAAGAGUUCGGGUAUUGGAGAAGCUGGUGCGUUGCGAGGACUGCAGUCUGCUGAAGCAGAUGGUGAAUCUUCAGGUUCAAGCGGUCUAA